AUUAGUCGGGGACUAAGCUAAAUGAUUGAAUGCCGAACCUACAAAUGAUAGACAAGUCGUUUCCGAGCAAACUCCUUUUAUCAAAUUUACCGAAAAACAUGGUUCCAUUUAUCUACGACCGAAACCCUGACAUGCAAGCCAUAUCCAUAACAGCAACACUUUCAUCGAUGAUGAUGGGCUUCAUGUAAUGGCUUAAAAAAUGCAAAGUGCUUCCCAUGUAAUACGACAUUGUGGUUGCCACGAUCCCUCAAUCAACCGACUAGCAAAAACUAUAUUAAUCUGUCCAAUUUCCUUGACACUUGACUCAUCUCGACAACUCCUCUUCUUGUCUAACACAAACAAGAAACUCCUUUCUAACAGAGAAGGAUGGCUUACUUCAAGCUCACCAUCAUGCUGUCCUCCCUCAUCCUCCUCCUACUAGUGUCGAUCUCCUCCGCUUCGGCGACCUACAAGCACGUCCCCGGCAAGACUGUCCCCAAGGCCAUGGAGGUCGUCGUCGAGGGCAUGGUCUACUGCCAGAGCUGCAAGUACUCCGGCACGUGGUCCCUGGCGGAGGCGAAUCCCCUCGGUUCGGCCAAGGUCAGUGUCGUCUGCAAGAACUACAAGAACCGCGUCACCUACUACAAGUCCUUCCAGACCUCGGAGAGCGGCUACUUCUACGCCGAGCUCAAGGGCUUCGAGAUGAGCCACUCCAUCCUGGACCACCCGCUCCAUGCUUGCCACGUCAAGCUCGUCUCGUCGCCUCUCGCGGGGUGCAACCUCCUGUCCAAUAUCAACUAUGGGAUGUACGGGGCCUCGCUCCGCUACGAGGACAAGAGGCUGUAUGGGAAGGAGUACGAGGCGGUCGUUUACUCCGCGGGGCCGUUGGCUUUCCGCCCCUCCUAUUGCCCUCCGGAAGAGACACGCUUAAUCAGUUAAUCAGUCGGUUUUUCUCAGAGAGUUCGAUCAUCAGUUCGUCUCUCAUUAUUCUCUACGACUUUUCAGCAUCACUUUCUUUCAAUCAGCCUUUUACUUAUGGUGAAGAUGCGAGUGUGUCCUCAGAUGUGUCCCAAGGCGUUCUGUUUUCGCUGCUGUAUUAGUAAUAGCCUUUCCAGUUAAACAGAUCAAAUGACUUUUUCUU